AGAUGUGGACGCGGCGCGGUACCGGCGGGCGGCGACGUCGAUAUUCGACCAGCCGACCACUGAGUCGUCGCUCAGUGUCUCCACAGACACAUAUUCGACAACAUGUCCGACGACGUCGUUCAUGUGCUCGGCGUCUCAGAAGUGCAUUCCGAACCAGUGGGUGUGCGACUACCAGCGCGACUGUCCAGACGGAGAGGACGAGCGACAGUCGUGUCCGCCGCCGGUGUGCAAGGACGGCGAGUUUGCGUGCGGCGAGUACCGGUGGAACCACACGUACUGCGUGCCCAACCACCACCGCUGCGACAUGCUGCAGGACUGCGCCGACGGCUCCGACGAAAAGGACUGCAAUUACCGGACGUGCCUGCCCACCGAUCACAAGUGCAGCUCGGGCCUCUGUAUCGCCGCCAAUAAGAAGUGCGACGGCUACUGGGACUGUCGAGAUCACUCUGAUGAGGAGAUGUGGUGCGAGGGCACCUCGUGCGAACUCAACCAGACCAGGUGUAAGGACGGCAAGCGGUGUAUAGAGAAGGACCAGGAGUGCAACCACCGGAACGACUGCGCUGACGGCAGCGACGAGGUCGACUGCAACUUCCCGGCGUGCCAUGAGGGCCAGUUCCGCUGCGGAAACGGCCUGUGUAUCCCGCACCGCUGGAAGUGCGACUCGUCGCCCGACUGCGCCGACGGCUCCGACGAGGCAGACUGCCAAGGACUGUCCGGAGGGCCAGUUCCUCUGUGA